GUCCUCUUUAUUUUCUGGCAAAGAAUUACUCUGAAAAAUCUCUCAUACAACAUAUUUAAGUAACUUUGAAAUCGGUGAGAUGUGACCUUUUAUGCAGUUUUACCGUUUUAAAAUUCAAAUAUUUAUAAAUUUAUAUCUAAAUCAUAAAUAAUUACAAGAAAUACUUAAACAUCUUGAUUUUAUUUCUAAAGGGUUUUGUGAAGAUGCAAGGAAUCUAUAACGAAUUAGUAGAUUUUAUUGGAAUGUUGGACAAUUUGAGUCACGAAGCACAGAAGAAUGAACAGAACACGAGAAGAACCUUGGAAAUAUCUACGAGACAAAUGUCGAUAACGCGACGUGAUUCGGAAUUAUCGACCGCGAGUUCCAUUCAUUCGGACAUUGGCGAUUCGGAUUAUGCGGAGAACAGCUCGGAAGCCGAAAUAAUAGCACGCGGCCAAAUGUCUGGCAAAGUGUACAAGAAAUAUUUCCAUCACGGCGCAACUACUUUACCCUGUUCAUAUUGCUGCUGCUCUUCGCCAUCAGUCAGGUUGCAACAACAGGGAAUGAUUAUUGGCUCUCAUAUUGGACCCACUUGGAGGAUGUUAGGCGCAUUGAAAACUCUAGUCAGGCCAAACAGUUCGCAAACAUGUACAACGAUAGUUUCCUUGGGUCGAUCUUCACGCUGAACCCAGACGGCCUGCUCAGUACUGUGGAUGCUAUAUACGUAUACACAUUCUGCAUCAUCGCCUGUAUUGCUACCACUUUGCUUCGCAGCUUCCUCUUUAUGAAAAUCUGCAUGAAAUCGAGCUACAACCUCCACAAUUCCAUGUUCUCCAACCUGUUGCAGGCGCGCAUGUCAUUCUUCCACACUAAUCCUUCUGGGAGAAUUUUAAACAGAUUUUCGAAAGACUUGGGCACCGUAGACGAAUACCUGCCCAAAAUUAUGUUAGAGGCGUUUCAAGUGGUUUUCACAAUAUGCGGUGUAUUAACCAUGGAGGCUAUAAUUAAUCAAUGGAUGCUGAUACCGAUAGCAGUACUGGUCAUCUUGUUUUACUUCGCGACGAUAUUCUACCUGAAAAUCGCUCAAAACGUCAAACGUCUCGAAGGCGUAACCAAAAGCCCGUUAUUCUCACAUGUGAAUGCUACGCUGAACGGCCUACCGACGAUUAGAAGCGGCGGCGUCGAAAUCGAGAAGAUGAUGCGAAAACAGUUCGACAUGUUGCAAGACCAUCACAGCGGCACGUGGUACCUCUUUAUAACAAGUUCGGCAGCCUUCGGUGUCUUUACGGAUCUAAUUUUGUGCCUGUUCCUCGCCUUGAUUUGCUUCUCCCUAGUAUUGAUGAAUGAGAAUGACAGUGUAGAGGACAGUAAAGUAGGUCUGGCAAUAUCGCAAUCGAUGAUUUUAAUCGGUCACUGGCAAUAUGGCAUAAAGCAGUUUUCCGAGACGAUGUCGCUGAUGACCUCCGUAGAAAGACUACUCCAAUACACGAAUCUUCCCCAGGAGGGUUCCAUUACCUCGGACGAUCCGCCGCCGUCUACAUGGCCGUCCCAAGGACAAUUGAUCUUGAAGAACGUCAGCAUGAAGUAUCACAGUGACG